CAGAGUUGCAGCCUGGUAGGACCAAGUGAUUCUCAAGAUAUCAUGGCAAAAGUUCCCUCCAUCGUUUCCACCGCCGUAAACUUCCAAUCCGGCAAAAGCUCUGCCAUUUUCCGGAAAGGUUGCCAUUUCCCCCCCAAAGCGUACAUAAUACGAUGUAAUAAUGCCAAGAACCAAAAAAUUACCUCAUCCACUGGUCCUGAAAAUAUGGUACUGAAGGUUGCUUGGUAUGGCUCUGAGCUUCUGGGCAUUGUUGCUUCCCUUCUUCGAUCUUCUCCGGCAAGUAGCGAAACUAAACCUCCAGAAGGAAAAACAGAGCUCGCCUCGGAUGGGUCCGGAGUGGUUGAUCGAUCCCUGGCCGUUGAUGCCAUCAAAGAGGACUUCCCGAGAUCCUACUUCGUCACAGGGAACCUGACGAUGGGUGUGUAUGAAGAGGAGUGUGAAUUUGCAGAUCCAGCUGGGUCCUUUAAGGGACUGCGCAGGUUCAAGAGGAAUUGCACCAAUUUCGGGUACCUUGUCCGCAAGUCAAACAUGAAACUUGUCAAGUGGGAGGAUUUUGGGGAAAAGGCUAUUGGACAUUGGCGUUUUAGUUGUGUUUUGGUGUUCCCAUGGAAACCCAUACUUUCAGCUACUGGUUAUACCGAGUAUUACUUCAACAAGGAAUCUGGAAAAGUAUGCAGGCAUGUAGAGCACUGGAAUGUACCAAAGUCGGCGUUGCUCAAGCAGAUUCUAAGCCCCAAAACAUAAUUCUCUGAAUUCAAGUGCUAGGAAUUAUACAGUAUAGGAAGGAAUUGUAUGUAUGUACUCCAUGUAAAUAAAUGCUCGUUUCUUUUGGAAAGAAUUGUGUGUAUUUAUUGUUUAGAAUAGCUCUUGAUUAGCCAAUAGUCCCAAUACCGGUCUAAUGGCAUCAUCUUGCCCUCCUAAAGCGAAGUUCACAAAUUCAAAUUUUAUCCCAAUUAAGAAUGUUGAUAUCAUCUUUCAACAGUUAGCACAUCCCA